AUGGGUUGUUGCGGAAGCAAAAUAGUUCACGAUGAGGACGAUGUCAGCCAACCUUUGUUGAACGAAGACACCAGAGACAAUCGUAUGAACUAUCAAACAUAUGAGACAAUCGAUGUACAGAAAGAACAAGAAUUUUGGAAUAAUAUUAUCGACAGGACUACCCAGUAG